AAGCUCCACCAUGAGGCGAGGUGGAUGGAGGAAGCGAGCUGAAAAUGACUGGGAAAAAUGGGGUGGGUAUAUGGCCGCCAAGGUCCAGAAAUUGGAGGAACAAUUCCGAUCAGAUGCUGCUCUGCAGAAGGAUGGGACUUCAUCUACAAUAUUUAGUGGAGUUGCCAUCUAUGUUAAUGGAUAUACAGAUCCUUCUGCUGAGGAAUUGAGAAAGCUAAUGAUGUUGCAUGGAGGCCAGUAUCAUGUGUAUUACUCCAGGUCCAAAACAACACACAUUAUUGCCACAAAUCUUCCUACUGCCAAAAUUAAAGAAUUAAAGGGAGAAAAAGUAAUUCGACCAGAAUGGAUUGUGGAAAGCAUCAAAGCGGGACGACUCUUAUCCUACAUUCCGUAUCAGUUGUUCACCAAGCAGUCCCAUGCACAGAGAAGUCUCAACUUCAAUCCCGUACGCAAGCCUGAGGACCCUGUGGCAGGCCCAAGCAAUGUAGCCAAACAGCUCAACAACAAGGUAAAUCACAUAAUUAAGAAGAUUGAGACAGAACAUGAAGUCAAAGUCAAUGGAAUGAACAGUUGGAAUGAAGAAGAUGCAAAUGAUGAUUUUAGUUUUGUAGACCUGGAGCACACCCUUCCAAGAAGGAAGCAGAAUGGAAUUCCGCAUCCCAGAGGCAGCACUGCCAUUUUUAAUGGACACACUCCUAGCUCUAAUGGUGCCUUAAAGACACAGGAUUGCUUGGUUCCCCUGGGCAACAGUAUUGCCAGCAGGCUUUCUCCAGACUCUGCUGAGGAGGAGGAGAAGGUGGAGAAGAGCAGCACUGACUUCAGAGACUGCACACUGCACCAGUUGCAGCAAAGCACCGGAAACGCAGAGACUUUGCGGAAUCCACACAGAACUAAUUCUCUUUCGCCCACUUUGCACAGUAACGCUAAAAUCAACGGUGCUCACCAUUCCACUGUUCAGGGGCCUUCAAGCACAAAAAGCACUUCUUCAUUAUCUGCUCUUAGUAAGGCAGCACCAUCAGUGCCAUUCAAACCUUCAGACUCUAGUUUUAUUUCAGACUUCUAUUCUCAUUCAAGACUGCACCACAUAUCAACGUGGAAGUGUGAAUUGACUGAGUUUGUCAAUACCCUGCAAAGACAAAGUAGUGGUGUCUUUCCAGGAAGGGAAAAAUUAAAAAAAUUGAAAACAGGCAGGUCUACCCUUGUUGUAACUGACACAGGAAAUGUAUCAGUAUUGAGUUCACCCAGACAUCAGAGCUGUAUAAUGCAUGUUGAUAUGGAUUGCUUCUUUGUGUCAGUGGGUAUACGAAAUAGACCAGAUCUCAAAGGAAAACCAGUGGCUGUUACAAGUAACAGAGGCACAGGAAGGGCACCGUUACGUCCCGGUGCUAACCCCCAGCUGGAGUGGCAGUAUUACCAGAAUAAAAUCCUCAAAGACAAAGCAGCAGAUAUACCAGAUUCAUCGAUAUGGGAGAAUCAAGAUUCUAUACAAACAAAUGGAAUUGAUUCUGUUUUGUCAAAGGCUGAAAUUGCGUCCUGUAGUUAUGAAGCCAGACAAGUUGGUAUUAAGAAUGGAAUGUUUUUUGGACAUGCUAAACAGCUGUGUCCUAAUCUUCAAGCUAUUCCAUAUGAUUUUCAUGCAUAUAAGGAAGUUGCACGUACAAUGUAUGAAACAUUGGCAAGCUACACUCACAGCAUCGAAGCCGUCAGUUGCGAUGAAGCACUGGUAGACAUCACCGAGAUCCUCGCAGAGACAAAACUCACUCCUGAUGAAUUUGCAAAUGCUGUUCGUGUGGAAAUCAAAGACAAGACUAAAUGUGCUGCCUCUGUUGGAAUUGGAUCUAAUAUUCUCCUGGCUAGAAUGGCAACUAGAAAAGCAAAACCAGAUGGGCAGUACCACCUAAAACCAGAAGAAGUAGAUGAUUUUAUUCGAGGUCAGCUAGUUGUUAAUCUACCAGGCAUUGGACGGUCAAUGGAAUCUAAGUUGACAUCUUUGGGAAUUAAAACUUGUGGAGAUUUGCAGCACAUGACCAUGGGAAAACUCCAAAAAGAAUUUGGUCCCAAAAUAGGUCAGACACUGUACAGGUUCUGCCGUGGUUUGGAUGACAGACCGGUUCGAACUGAAAAGGAAAGGAAAUCAAUUUCAGCUGAGAUCAACUAUGGGAUUAGGUUUACCCAGGCAAAAGAGGCAGAAGCUUUCCUUCUAAACCUCUCAGAAGAAAUCCAAAGACGCCUCGAGGCUGCUGGCAUGAAGGGUAAACGUUUGACUCUCAAAAUCAUGGUACGAAAGCCAGGGGCCCCUGUAGAGACUGCAAAAUUUGGAGGCCAUGGCAUUUGUGAUAAUGUUGCCCGGACUGUAACUCUUGACCAGGCAACAGAUAGUGCAAAAAUAAUUGGAAAGGCUACACUAAACCUGUUUCAUACAAUGAAACUAAAUAUAUCGGAUAUGAGAGGGGUUGGGAUUCAAGUGAAUCAGUUGGUUCCUACUAAUCCGAACCCUUCCGCAUGUUCCAGUCGUGCACCGGCUCAGUCAGGCCGCUUUCCUGAUGGGUCACACUCUGUUCGUGAUCUCCUCCAAGUUCACAAAGCUAAGAAACCCACAGAGGAGGAGAGCAAGGAAGUGUUUCUGGCUGCUGUGGACAUGGAAGCAUCAUCUGUUGCUCCCAGAACUUGCACUUUCUCUCCAUCCUUUGCUACAAAUCUGCCAGCCACUGUCAGUGCUGACAGUAAUAAGGGCGACUCUUGCCGGAAAUGGAACGGUCUGCAUUCUUCUGUCACCGUGCAGUCAAGACUUAACUUGAGUAUAGAGGUCCCAUCACCUUCCCAGCUUGAUCAGUCUGUUUUAGAAGCACUUCCAUCUGAUCUCCGGGAACAGAUAGAGCAAGUCUGUGCCAUUCAGCAAGGAGAGGCACGUGGUGACAGAAAGAGAGAACCAGUAAAUGGCUGUAAUACAGGAAUUUUGCCACAGCCAGUUGGGACAGUUUUGUUGCAGAUACCAGAACCUCAAGAAUCAAAUAGUGACACAGGAAUAAACAUCAUAGCCCUUCCGGCAUUUUCACAGGUGGACCCUGAGGUGUUUGCAGCCCUUCCUGCUGAGCUGCAGAAGGAGCUGAAAGCAGCAUAUGAUCAAAGACAGAGGCAGGGAGAGGACACCACUCACCAGCAGCCCGCCAGUGCAUCCGUGCCAAAGAAUCCUUCACUUCAGCUGAAGCCAGUAGCAGUGAAAGAUAAGAAAAGCAAGAAAAAAACUCCCAUCAAUCCCCAAAAAAGGAUUCAGAGUCCUCUGAAAAAUAAGCUUAACGGUCCUGCAAAAAUUCCGCCAGGGGCCUGUGGGAGCCCCCAGAAGUUAAUGGAUGGGUUUCUGAAACAUGAAGGACCUGCUGCUGAGAAACCACUGGAAGAACUCUCUGCUUCUACUUCAGGUGUGCCAGGCCCGUCUACUUUGCAGCCUGACCAGCCCAGCUGUGUUAGACCUGCAGCACCCAAUCUAGCUGGAGCUAUAGAGUUUAAUGAUGUGAAGACCUUGCUCAGAGAAUGGAUAACAACGAUCUCAGAUCCAAUGGAAGAAGACAUUCUGCAAGUUGUGAAAUACUGUACUGAUCUUAUAGAGGAAAAAGAUUUGGAAAAGCUGGAUCUAGUUAUAAAAUAUAUGAAAAGGUUGAUGCAGCAGUCGGUGGAGUCGGUUUGGAAUAUGGCAUUUGAUUUUAUUCUUGACAACGUUCAGGUGGUUUUACAACAAACUUAUGGAAGCACAUUAAAAGUUACAUAAAUAGUGCCAGGGAGCCUGGUGCUCUUGGCUAGCUGUGCCAUAAGUGCUUGUGAGGUAUUUGCAAAGUGCAUGACAGUAAUGCUCUCUGUUUUUAUAAUUUUAAAUUUCUUUUUAAGCAAGCGUUUUGUACAUUUGUUUUCGAAAAGUGCCAAAUUUGUCGGUAUUGCAUGUAAAUAACUGUGUUAAUUCUUUUACUGUAGUAUAGAUUCUAUUUACAAAAUGUUUGUUUAUAAAGUUUUAUGGAUUUUUACAGUGAAGUGUUUACAGUUGUUUAAUAAAGAACUGUAUGUCUAUUUUGUA